CAUAAUUCAUUUUCACAUUUAUUAUAAUAAUUAUGUAAUAGUAAUACUGUGAUGAAAUAUUAUUCUAAAAAGUUUUAUUCACAUUUAUCUUCUUGAUGCUCCUACAAAGAGGCCCCUAACUAUGUAAACUUAAUAAAUUUAGCUGUUUGUAAGAGAGCUCUUACUAUUAAAAUUUCAUUGCAAUAAAUUUGCCAUUAUGUUAAUGAAAGUGACUGCUAUUUCAGCUAAGAAAAUAUUAGAGGUGAAGCAUGGGCUAGCUAGCUCUCCAGAGGUGCUUCAAAUGUCAAAAGACAUAGGGUUCUCGAGGAUGUUUGUGAAAAUUGCUUGCUUCAGCUCAUCAGCAACGGCUAUAUUCCCCGCGAAGCGAUUGGGGGGGGGGGGGGUUGUUUGAAAAGCCAGAAACCCCAACACCGUCCUCCCUCAAAUAAAAAGGGAUCACCACAUCCCAAACCUAUCUGUCUCAGCAAAAAGAAAAAACUCUCAGGAGAAGGAGAAAGAGCUCUUUUCUCGCCCUGCAACGAUCUCAAUCAGUUCUCCCUGAAAGAAAAGCUCUCGUUUUGCGUUCUUCUUCUUUGUUUUCUAAUUGUUCUGCUCGCUAACGUUUUCUUUGGUGCAGGGUUUCUCUUUAUCUUAGUUUUAAUCUGCGUAAUUAUUUUUUUAUUUUGUGUUCUAGUCUUUGUUUUCUUGGAUUUUUUGUUUGCUGCUAACAAUGGAUGCCGGAAGUUUCUCUUCUUGCAUCUCUUCCGAGAAGGCCCGGCCUGCAUCUCGCCACCCUCUUCGAGCAGUCGGUUCAAGGCCUUGCAUGCCUUCUCUCCUUUCUUCAUCGAAGGAUUUUUCUUCCCGGCAGAGCGGAGGAGAUAGAUUCAUUCCGGACCGGUCUGCCAUGGAUUUUGACCUGGCCUACUACCUGCUAACAGAGAGAAGGACAGAGAAGGAGAACGCUGCAGCUGCAUCCCCAUCCAAAGGGACAUACAGAAGGCUUCUUUACGAGAAUCUUCUGAAUAAUAGAACUCGAAUUCUUGCUUUCAAGAGUAAGCCCCAGGCACCUGCGGAAGGUAUCCUCCAAGAAGCCCACUCCAAUGCCUCUUCCCAUCUGGCCAGGUUGGCAAAGCCACGGAGAUACAUUCCCCAGUCUCCUGAGAGGACUCUUGAUGCACCAGACCUUGUUGAUGACUACUAUCUGAAUCUGCUGGAUUGGGGAAGCAGCAAUGUUCUGUCGAUCGCCCUUGGGAAUGCGGUGUAUCUCUGGGAUGCUUCAGAUGGUUCUACAUCCGAGCUUGUCACCGUGGACGAAGAUGUGGGUCCAGUCACUAGUGUCAGUUGGGCUCCUGAUGGGCGGCAUAUUGCUGUUGGUUUGAACUCCUCUGACAUCCAAUUGUGGGACUCGAGCUCCAGCAACCUGUUGAGAACUUUGAGAGGAGUCCAUGGAUCUCGAGUUGGAUCUCUUGCUUGGAACAACAACAUACUCACAACAGGGGGGAUGGAUGGAAAGAUCGUUAAUAAUGAUGUGAGAGUAAGGUCGCACAUUGUGCAAACCUACCGAGGACAUCAGCAAGAGGUCUGCGGGUUGAAGUGGUCAGGCUCAGGACAGCAGCUGGCAAGCGGAGGCAACGACAACCUGCUUCACAUAUGGGACCUAUCCAUGGCCUCUUCAAAUCCAUCUCCAGGCCAAAAUCAGUGGCUCCACAGGUUGGAGGACCACAUGGCUGCGGUUAAGGCCCUUGCUUGGUGUCCCUUCCAGAGCAACUUGCUCGCAUCCGGUGGUGGCGGCGGUGAUGGGUGCAUCAAGUUUUGGAACACCCGUACCGGGGUCCGGUUGAAUUCAGUGGACACUGGCUCUCAAGUGUGCUCCCUGUUGUGGAAUAAGAACGAGCGCGAACUGUUGAGCUCUCAUGGCUCUACUCACAACCAACUGAUUCUUUGGAAGUACCCUUCGAUGGUGAAGAUUGCGGAGCUCACAGGCCAUACUUCUCAGGUUCUCUUCAUGGCUCAGAGUCCAGAUGGGUGCAUAGUGGCAUCUUUGGCGGGGGAUGAAAUGCUGAGAUUUUGGAAUGUAUUUGGUACUCUUGAAGCACCAAAGCCUGCUGCCAAGACAGCUAGUACAGGACCCUUCUCCAGUUUUAAUCACAUUAGGUGAAAAAGGAGGUGGAGGAAGGGGAUGGGUCUCCAUCUGAUCCUUGAAAGCAUGGCGUGAUGGAAAGAAUUGGGAUGGAAGACGUAGCCUGCUGCAAGAUCAUAUUACUGGCAGACCAACUUCUCUUGAAAGUGGUUGGUCCCAUUUAACAGUGGUUGGAUUAGUUCAAACGAUUAUACAGUGUUACCUUUGCAUGUGAAAUUGUUUAUUACAGUGGUCGUUCCCAUUUAGUAGUGGUUGGAUUAGUCUAAAUGAUUAUGCAGUAGCUCCUGUGUAUGUGAAAUUGUUUAUUACAAUGUUCAAUCCUGUUUAGUAGAAGUUGGACUAGCUUAAAUGAUUAAGAAGUCAAUACAAGACUUUACCAUUUUAGUGGCAACUUUUUUAUGGCAACUAUCUAGAGUUGUCACUAAUACUGUGCUUUUUGUAACAUGUGUUCAAAGUUGUCACUAAUGUUAACCUUUUGGUAGCGGUGAUUCUUCUCGCCACAAAAUAUAUAAUAUUACUGGUGACGGCAUAAAUAGCUAAAAAAAAGCCGCGACUAAUGUCUCAUUAUUGUUGGCGGGUAAAAGGAUUUUGACACCAAAAUUACUUUUAGUGGCGAAUAUGAGACAUCGCCACUAAUAAUAAUAUUUUUAGUGGCAGCUUGAUUCAGUGUCGCUAAUAUUUAUCGUAAUAGUGAUGGCAAUGGAUACAUCACCACUAAUACCAUACUUAAGGUGACGAUGAUAGCAUCGUCACUAAUAUUGUAGUUAUUGGUGAUAGCAAAAUUCUACCACCACAAAUACCAUUAGCAUUUAUGGCGAUAUAUGUGCAUCAUCAUAACUAAUUCCAAGGACACUAGAGGCGGAUUCAUUUGUCGCCACUAAUAUAAUGCUCAAAAGAAUUUUUUUCUCGUUUCUUAAAUGUAGAUUGAAUUAAUACGAAAGCGUUAGUAUUAAUGAUUAUUUUUUAGGUUUUACGCAAUUGCUUUUUGAUUAUAACAACUUGUAAGAAAGAAAAUUUUAUUUUCACACCGGUAAUUACUAUUUUGAAUUGACAUAAAAAUAUUUCAAAUUAUACGUAUCUUUUAAAAUUUUACAUAGUUUCCUUCUUUUUAUGAUAGAUUAUAUUUUGUUUUGUACUGACCGAUGUAAACUUUUUCAGUUGGUAUAUCUAGUAUGAUUAUUAAUGAUGCGCAGAGGGUGUAGCUAGUAAGUACUAGGACCAACUAGACCAUAUCAAGCAUCGUAGGAACUAGUAGAUUCGGAAUUGAAAACUAAGAGACUAUACUAAAAGUAUCAGAAAAACAAAUGUUGGCAAUCAUGUGAUUUUACAGUAUAAAGUUUCUGAUGAGGAUCAACAACUUAUUUUCAAGAGGAUAUACAACAGAUACCAUGCCAGAAGGUGGGAUUCUUGGGUGGAUAAAGACCUAUCAUAAGUCUAGAUGGAUAUUUCCUUUAAGGAAAGAUUUGGAUGACGGCUACUUUUAGCUAUCUGUAGAGAUGGAAAGGAUCAAAGGAUAAUGUCUUUUCUGGUGCAACAGCUGUUGUGGAGCAAGAAAACAAAGACUCUUGGAGUUGUUUCUUCAUAUCUUCGAUGAAGAUAUAGGCAGGCCUGAUGAGAUUGGGAUAGUAUUCAUAUCAGAUAGAUAGAAAGUAUAUGUUUCUAUUAGUUGCAUCAUAUUUUUGCUAUUCCUUAGUUUUGUUCUGUUUUACCUGCAUACAAUAUUAAUUACAUGUCAGUGUCUAGUCCCUGCAAUUGAGUAGCUUUUUCCUAGGGUGAAGUAGGAGUACUACUAAGACACAUGUAUAGUAAUUUCAGGGAAUUUUUCAAAGAGGAGUUGAAAGAUGCAAUGUAGAAAGCAGCCUGUGCAACCAUUACCUUAGAGCAUAGUAUGCGGUACCCAUCCAACCAGGUGGUACAGAGCAUAUCGGUCCGGUACCGGUAUCCGGUACAGAUGGCGUAUCGAUAUUCCGUAUGUCAAAAAAACUUUGUACCAUAACCUACCGAUAUUGUGCUAGUAUGACACUGGUACGAAGUCCGAUACUGAGACGACGAACCUUACCUGAGAGUUUGAAAGGAGGAUGGCAUACAUCAGAACUAUUGAUGACCCAAGGCCUACUUCAGCAGUAGGGCCAAGAGUGGCUUAAGAAGAUCCCUCCACCCCAACGGUCCAAGGCCUACUUCAGCAGUAGGGCCAAGAGUGACUGCUUCCUCAAUAACCUGAAUGAGUAAUUCAAUGCCAUGAUUUAAUAUCCUGAAUAAGCCUGCCUAUAUUGUCUACGUUGGAGUGGAUUAGAGUUGGGUUGAUGAAAAGAUUUAAUAUCAAAAGACUUGGUAUGGAGAGGUACGUUGGACCAAUCUGUCCUAAUAUGCAGGACAAACUUGAGGUCCUAAAAUUGAAGUCUAGGAAUUAUUAUGCUACACUUGUAGGAAGGUUGAAUUAUGAUGUGGAUAAUGGAUAUGAAAAAUAUGUAGUUGACUUGACUACAAGGUCUUGCACAUGUAGGAUUUGGGAUCUCAAUAGGAUCCCUUGCAAACAUGAUGUGGCAGCCAUUAUCAAGGAUCUGCAACAGCCAGAGAGCUAUAUCCACUCUUGUUACACCAAGGAGGUUUACUUAACCACAUAUCAGGAGAUAAUUCAUCCAAUGCCAAGCCAAAAUAAGUGGAUUGAAACUGGCUUGCCUGCUCCUAUCCCUUCACAUGUACAUAGGCCUCUUGGCAGACCAAAAAAUUUAAGAAGAGAAAUAGAAGAAUAAGACUGUAAGAUAUGGAAAAUGGCAUAAAGAAGAGUACAAUUCAAGAGGGUGUAAAGCUAGAGUGAUUGGGGAAACUAUUUGGCAAAGGAGGAUGAGGAUUCAAAAGGAGAAAGUAGUCAGAUUACAUCCUGCUGAACUGCCAUUUUACAUUAAGACUGAUUAUAAUAGUUGUUUAUUCUAUCCCAAUUGCAAGUUAUAAUAGAGCAAAAUUAGUGGCCCUUACCAUAACAAAGGCAAAGCCACGACAUCUUUCAAGGUCUAAUCAUUGUUAGCUAACAGCAGUACAAAAAAUCUAUUGAUAUAAAGCCUUGAGCUAGGAAAAGGCCCUAACCAAGAAUCUGAUUAAUG